ACUUCACUCGAAAUUUAAAUCGCAAACGACAAGCAAGGCGGCAAGCUGCAUUCCAUUGCUGCAAAAAAAAAAAAAGAAAAUUGCUUUCCUUGUUGUAAGAAGAAAGAAAAGUGUCCCAGUGUUCUAAUUAAGUUCACUCAUUUAUCAAUUUCAUUUUCUUGGAGUAUAAUUAAAAAAAUAUUUAAUCGAAAUGGAGAUCAAUGAAGCAAAUUUACAACAAUUGGGAGGAUAUUUGCAGCAAACAUUAAGUCCAGAUCCAGCUGUCAGAAGACCGGCGGAAAAAAUGCUCGAAUCGAUUGAAGUCAAUCAAAAUUAUGCUGUUUUAUUGUUGAAUUUGAUCGACAAACAAGAAGUCGAUAUAACUAUUCGAGUUGCCGGGGCAAUAGCAUUUAAAAACUACAUCAAACGAAAUUGGGUUGCACAUGAGGAUACCGGCGGACCAGAUAAAAUCCACGAAGCUGACCGCAAUGCAAUCAAAUCACUCAUUGUCACUCUGAUGUUACGUUCACCAACUGCAUUGCAAAAACAAUUGAGUGAUGCCGUCAGUAUCAUUGGGAAAUAUGAUUUCCCUAAAAAAUGGCCUCAGCUGAUUGAUGAAAUGGUUGAUAAAUUCUCCACUGGCGACUUUAAUGUCAUCAAUGGAGUCUUACAAACAGCUCACUCUUUAUUCAAACGUUAUCGUUUUGAAUUUAAAUCUCAGUCGUUGUGGGAAGAAAUCAAAUUGGUAUUAGAUCGUAUGGCCAAGCCACUUACAGAUCUUCUACUUGCCACAAUGAAUUUAACUAAAGUCCAUGAGAAUAAUGUUGAAGCUUUAAAAGUAAUUUAUGGCAGUUUGGUGUUGGUUUGCAAAGUUUUCUAUUCUCUAAAUUCACAAGAUUUACCCGAAUUCUUUGAGGAUAAUAUGCAAACUUGGAUGAAUGCUUUUCAUGAGUUGUUAAUAACUGAUGUAGCUUGCUUGCAUACUGGCGAUGACGAAGAAGCUGGUGUUUUGGAACAUUUGAGAUCACAAGUUUGUGAGAAUUUGGGUCUAUACGCACAGAAAUAUGAUGAGGAAUUUGGCACUUAUAUGCAACAGUUUGUAACUGAUGUUUGGGAGUUGCUUGUCAAAACUGGAAUACAAACUAAAUAUGAUGCUUUGGUUUCAAAUGCUCUUCAAUUCCUCUCAGUUGUUGCCGAACGCAAUCAUUACAGAACUCUCUUUGAGGAUCCCAAAAUUCUGGCUAGUAUUUGUGAGAAAGUUGUUAUUCCCAAUUUGGACUUUCGUACCUCCGACGAGGAAUUAUUCGAAGAUAAUCCCGAUGAAUACAUUCGUCGUGAUAUUGAGGGUUCUGAUAUUGAAACACGUCGUCGUGCAGCUUGUGAUCUUGUCAAAACACUCAGUCAGAAUUUCGAAUUGAAGAUCUUUGGUAUUUUUGGCCAAUAUUUGGAAAUUUUGCUGGCAAAAUAUGCUGAAAAUCCUACAGCCAAUUGGCGUGCUAAGGACACAGCGAUAUAUUUGGUAACAUCGCUUGCCUCAAGAGGUGGAACUCAGAAACAUGGAAUAACACAAGCUUCAGAGUUGGUGCCUCUACCGCAGUUCUGUCAACAGCAUAUAAUUCCAGAACUCGAAAGGCAAAAUAUAAAUGAAUUGCCUGUACUCAAAUCGGAUGCCUUGAAAUUUGUUAUGAUAUUCCGCAGUCUGUUGGGACCACAGACAAUUGUCGCGUGCAUUCCUCAUUUGAUUCGUCAUUUGCAAGCCGAAAGUGUUGUUGUGCAUAGCUAUGCAGCUUGUGCUAUUGAGAAAAUACUUAUUAUGAGAGAUGAAAGUAAUAGUCUUUUGGUUUCAUCGGCUGUUUUGGCACCAUAUACAAAUGAUUUACUUGGAGCAUUAUUUGGCACAUUGAGCUUACCUGGUUCACAAGAAAAUGAAUAUGUAAUGAAGGCAAUAAUGAGAAGUUUCAAUACUCUCCAAGGCGCAACUAUGCCUUACAUGGCUGUCGCACUUCCCCGACUCACAGAAAUACUUACACAAGUGGCCAAGAAUCCAUCGAAACCACAUUUCAAUCAUUAUCUGUUUGAAACAUUAUCAUUGGCUAUCAUAAUUGUUUGCAAAACUGAAGCAGCUGCUGUGAGUUCAUUUGAAGAAGCUCUCUUCCCAGUUUUCCAAGGCAUUCUUCAACAGGAUAUUUUAGAAUUUAUGCCAUACGUUUUUCAAAUGCUCUCUCUUCUGUUGGAAAUUCGCGAAGGUAUUGGUUCCAUUCCAGAGCCAUAUUGGGCUCUAUUCCCAUGUUUGCUAGCUCCAGCACUUUGGGACAGACCUGGCAAUGUUACACCUUUGAUUCGUCUUAUUUGUGCAUUUAUCAGACAGGGAUCUCAACAAAUCAGUUCCUUGGGUAAAUUGAAUGCAGUUUUGGGAGUUUUCCAAAAAAUGAUUGCAUCCAAAUCAAACGAUCACGAAGGAUUUUAUUUGAUGCAAAAUCUUCUGACAUAUUACCCGCUUCCAGAACUUCAAGAAAGAAUGCGUCAAAUCUUCGCUCUACUCUUCCAACGUCUGUCACUUUCUAAGACCACAAAAUACGUUCGCGGUCUCAUUGUGUUCUUUUGCUACUACACAUCCAAGUUGGGUGCACCAUCACUUGUCGAAUUGGUUGAUCAAAUUCAAAAUGCCAUGUUCGGCAUGGUAGUCGAUCGAGUCUUCAUUCCAGAUAUGGCAAAAGUCUGCUCGGAAAUGGAUCGUAAAAUUGUAGCCGUUGGCAUAUCUAAAAUACUAUGCGAAUGUCCAGCGAUGUUGGGAGCGCCUUAUGUCCAAAAUUGGUCACGACUUUUGGCGGCUUUGGUGGAAAUGUUUGAAUUGCCGCCAGAUCAGUCGACCUACGAUGGCGAUCAUUUUGUAGAAGUAGAUGACACACCUGGAUAUCAAGCAGCUUUCUCACAGUUGAACUUUGCCCAGCCAAAGAGUCAGGAUUUCUUGGCCGAUAUUCCAGAUGGAAGAAAGUUCCUUGCAAUAUCGUUGGCUAAGUUAUCGCAGUCUCGUCCAGAUGUACCCGGAUUGAUUGCAUCCAUAGGAGAUAACCAUAAGCAAGCUUUACAGAAAUAUACUCAAAGUGUUCGAAAUGGUUAAGAUGCAAUUUAUGUUUUUUUUUUUUUUAUCAUUUUUCAUUUAAUGUUUCAAGUUAAAAUACUUAUUAAUUUCGAUCUUGUUAAUUUUUGUCCAUAGUCAGACUAUGUGAUUGUUUAUUUUUGUAUUUGCUAAAGUUAAACCAGUAAAUUAUAUUUAAAAAUACACAA